GCCAUCGUGUUUCUAGAUAAUUUCGUGUCUAACUGCCUAUGUCGUGUUCUUGUGUUCAGAUUAACAAAGUAACCUUUGCUAAUCGUACAAAUUUUGGAUGCUUUUGUUUCAAAUUUAGUGAAUUUAAUUCAGCUUCAUAGCAUUUGAUUUAGUAAAAGGUUUCAAUAUUUAAAAAGUGUUAAAACAAUAAUUCGAAAUGGCUGCUAUAAGUCUGUUAAAUCCAAAAGCUGAAUUUGCAAGGGCUGCUCAAGCGUUGGCAGUAAAUAUUUCUGCUGCCAAAGGAAUUCAGGACAUUAUGAAAACGAACCUGGGUCCUAAAGGAACAAUGAAAAUGUUAGUUUCUGGUGCUGGUGAUAUAAAAAUAACAAAGGAUGGAAAUGUACUGCUGCAUGAAAUGCAAAUUCAACAUCCUACAGCAUCUUUAAUUGCUCGUGCCAGCACUGCUCAAGAUGACAUGACUGGAGAUGGAACAACUUCCACAGUUUUGCUUAUAGGUGAACUCCUCAAACAAGCUGAUAUUUAUAUAUCAGAAGGGCUUCACCCACGCAUUGUCACUGAAGGAUUUGAUGCAGCUCGUGAGAAAGUUUUAGAAGUUUUGAAUACCAUGAAGGUUCCGAUUGAGAUUACAAAAGAAAAACUUAUGGAUAUUGCUAGAACUUCUUUAAGAACAAAGGUUCAUCCUGAAAUUGCUGAUGUCUUAACCGAAGUCUGUGUAGAUGCAGUAUUAGCCAUCCGUGUUGAAGAUAAACCUAUUGAUUUGCAUAUGGUAGAAAUAAUGGAAAUGCAACAUAAAAGUGGAGCUGACAGCACACUUAUCAGAGGUCUGGUCAUGGAUCAUGGUAGUCGACACCCUGAUAUGCCUAAACGUCUUGAAAAUUGUUAUAUUUUAACUUGCAACAUCUCAAUGGAGUAUGAGAAGUCGGAAGUGAAUUCUGGAUUCUUCUACAAGUCAGCUGCUGAUAGAGAGAAAUUAGUACUUGCCGAAAGGGAGUUCAUUGAACAAAGAGUUCAAGCAAUAAUUGAUCUCAAGAAAAAACUUUGUGAUGGGACUGACAAGAACUUUGUCAUAAUAAAUCAAAAGGGAAUUGACCCAAUGUCUCUAGACAUGCUUGCUAAAGAAAAUAUUAUGGCUUUACGUCGUGCCAAGAGGCGUAAUAUGGAACGUUUAGCUUUAGCCUGUGGAGGUACUGCAAUGAAUUCGGUUGAUGGAUUAGAUGAAUCUCAUUUAGGUUAUGCUGGUGUUGUAUAUGAGCAUGUUUUGGGUGAAAAUAAAUUUACUUUUGUUGAGGAUUGUAAAGUCCCACAAUCAGUAACUGUAUUAAUUAAGGGUGCCAAUAAAUACACCUUGACCCAAAUUAAGGAUGCUGUAAGGGAUGGUCUUAGAGCUGUUAACAAUGCUGUAAUUGAUAAGUGUGUUAUACCUGGAGCAGGUGCUUUUGAAAUCCGUGCUCAUAAUGAAUUGAUGAAACAUAAGAAUAAUGUCAAAGGAAAGAUGCGUCUAGGAAUCCAAGCCUAUGCUGAAGCUUUAUUAAUUAUCCCAAAAGUCCUGGCUGUUAAUUCUGGUUAUGACGCACAAGAAUCGAUUGUAAAACUUCAAGAGGAAGAUCGUCUUAGCUCAGAUGCUAUUGGAUUAGAUUUGGCUUCUGGAAAUGCUGUUAAACCCGUGGAUUUAGGAAUAUAUGACAAUUACCUUGUCAAAAAACAAAUUAUUAACUCCUGCUCAGUCAUUGCUAGCAACAUUCUUCUGGUCGAUGAAAUUAUGAGGGCUGGAAUGAGCAGUUUGAAAGGAUAAUGAUAAUUAAUUCGAAUUCAUAUUUCAUCAUCAUUGCACUACUUAGCACUUUAUUAUAACAUUAAACA